AUGCGAGUCCUAAAGGGACGAUACAAGACUCAGCCUCGUAUAGCUAAAUCGACUUCAAUGAGCGCCUUGCAUCGUUUGGCGGACCCGCUGAUGGGCUACGACUCUAUUGAAGCUCUCGCGCCCAAAGAACGUACGUUGCGACGGGAGUCUGUCGAGCGGCGACUGGGUCAAGCCCUUGCCAGCGGAAACCCCGGCGGCCAGGGACGGCUACUCAACACGACAAGGCCAUCACGAACGAACAACACGGUUCUCGGAAGAAGUUCUUCCGGCGGCAGCAUCCCGCAACAGACGCCCAUGGCAAUCUCUGUGAAUGCGGUCAGCCUCCAAGAUCGACGGCAAAGAUCGAUAGGAUCAACAGCAGUUCAACAACGACGAGGGUAUCGACCCGGCAGUCGUUGGGAGCGUUCCAAAACGCAAGAAAUUGCGGUAUCGCCCUUGCUUCGGUUGCGGGCAAGCGGGGGGCGGCGGGUGAAGCCAACUCUCAGGCGGAAAAGGGUAGCUACGAUGCGGAGCGUUAACGGCUGGGUAAAGGAGGCCGACCCUGCUUCCAUGAGACGGCAGAACUCCCUUGAUCGACGAUUUAUAGCCCUGAGGGAAAAGAGGAACCGUAAACCAAAGGGUAAAAGGAAGGACAGCCGCCCCCUCGCCCACUCCAGUGGCGCCACCGCGCGAGAUUCCCGUGCCUUUGACGGGAGCACAUUCUUGACGGAGGUUGAAACUGACGUGACGACAGCGGAGCUCAAGUUAGGGGUCUCAACAGGAGACGACACCAGUGCGCACGGGACUAGCACCACACUGGCACCUGCUUGGGGUUCUCCGGGCUCGCAUUCUGUGGGCCCCCUAGAGGCCCGCCUCACGUGGCAGGAGAACGAGGCUGGCACAUCUAGCCGCCCGUGCAGCGAAUGGCAACUGUUGCGACGUAACGAGAAAUCCAGUUCUCGGCCGGCGAAAAUGCUCCACUCCUUCGAGAACAAGGUUGGUUCCCCGCUCCAGCUGCGUCAGCAACACCCGCCCACGUCGGUCGCCUCCAACGACGAGCCAGCGGCGCAGCUGCUCCUGUCGGAGAAUAGUGGGCCUGGUGAUCGGUGGCGCCCGCCCGACCGGUCAUCCCCCCGACGAAGCGACACCAAGGAACCCCAUCCCUCGGAGUCACGCUUGGCGCUGAUGCACCACCGGCCGUCUUCUAAGAGCUGGGUACACCGACGGAGCCUCCCUUCCCUCCUGAGCAAUACCACGGAACCCCCAUCCUCGCUGGCAGGGACGUCGUCCACGUCGACGCUCACUCGGGGGUCGCCGGCCGCCGCGGCGGCGGGGGGCGGCGGCGCGAUUCUAAGGAAGCGGGGGAGGCGACGACCAUCCCUCGACGAACCCAGCGGCCUGAUGCAGCAGCUCGACAAGAACUAUGCCGUGACGGUCGGGGACACCUGGGGCGGUGGGCUGUCGCGCCGCGGCGCCGGGAAGCGACGAGAUGAGGACGAUGGAGGCGUUGAAGGAGUGUCGGCGGAAGCCGAAGCGGCGGGCAGAGGGGGCACGCCGUCCGUUGUAGGUUGUGUUGGGGUCGGGGGUGACGGGGCGACGCUAACGGCGGCAGCUCGUCCAGGCAGUAGGGGCCAGGGAAGCACUUCGAGCGGGAGGUUGUUGUCCAGUGCUAUCCCCAAGCCGCUGCUGUACGUUGGAAGUGGCGGCGGAUUUAGGUUAAGGUCGUGA